GCUGCCUCUUUGUUUAAUGGAGAUAUCAGCGAGCGCUAAUGAAGUCUGCUAAUCCUCCGAACGCUCCGUUAAUUCCUCUCCUCUCUUCAGCCGGACAUUCUGCCGUUGUAUUUGUUGUAGAUGAACGCCGGCGGCUGCAGAGCGCUGCUGCUGCUGAUAGUUUGAUUGUUUUAUUGUUCAGACUCCAUUUAAAGUCAAUAAGGACUAAUGGACGUUUGUUAGCGUUCCUUCAUCACCGCGUUCCCCGCCAGCUGUCGGUCAGACACGCCGCACCAUGUGACCUGCAGGAGGAGGAGCAUCGGGCUUCAAAAAGAGCAGCAGCCAGAGGACCGGGACCACAGACAAGCCCAGAACCAGAACCGGCACCAGGACCAGCAGAAGACACCAGACCAGCAGACAGUAUGCAGUGCGUUCGUUGUCCCGCCAUCUUGGUUCUUGUGACCUUGGUUCUAUGCGGUCCAGGUGUUUCCUCGCAGCCCGACAGAGACCAGGACCAGUACCAGAACCAGGACCUGGACCUGGAGCUGCGUCACCACAGGCUGCUGCAACGAGCUCGCAGCGCCGGACUCCUGUCACAGGACUGGAGUAAACGGGCAGUGGAGGACCUGUUGGCUCAGAUGUCUCUGCCGGAGGCCGACGCCCAGCGGGAGGCUGAGGUUGUUUCCAUGGCAACAGGAGGAAGGAUGAACCUGGAGCGGUCCGUCGACCCCCCCAACAACUUGCCCCCCCGCGAACGCAAAGCUGGCUGCAAGAACUUCUACUGGAAGGGCUUCACUUCCUGUUAAAGCCUCGCCCAGGUACCUGACCAUCUGUUUAGGCUCCGCCCAGCUGCCCAACCGACCAAUCCCAGAUCACCUGACCUUCACCUGAGCGACUGGAUGGACCAAUCAGCAGCUGUCUUUGGUUGCAGUGCACCUGAAUAAUUAAUGUAAUUAUGAAUUAAAAAGAUAAAUCAGUCAA